AGGAGGGGAAAAGUGCGCCACUCUCGAGUGUGUUCGCGAGCAAAAAAGUUGCCCAAAACAUGCGGGGCGCGCGCGCGACACACUCGGCGGGAUGGGACAGGGUCACUGAGUGCUGAGCGCUGAGCGGCGGCCGCUCCGUCCCCGCUGUUUACUGGCCGAAUUAGCGCACGACAGGAGAGCCGAGUCGCGUCGGAGAGAAGAUCCGCCGAGAGCCGAGACGCCGCGACAUCGACAUCGACAUCGAGCCGCGACACGAGAGGGAGGGACAAGUUCCUGAUACUCAUACUGGCUAUGAUCUGAACGCCUCCGGAUCGGACCCAAGCGCGGUGGGCUUCGCUCGCUGUCCGGUUGGAUUUGUUCCGAAAGCAGCGGGAAUAAAGCCAAAGAAAGGGAGGGAGGGAACCGCAGUGCCGAGGCUGAAGUAGAGACACCAUAAUGGACUCCCACUGCCGCAAACUUGCGUCCACAUGUGCCCAGCUGGAGAAGGAAAAGACGCAGAGCAAGAACGAGGAUCCCUCAGACGACCCGUCCAAGAAGAAGAGGCAGCGGCGCCAGAGGACUCACUUCACGAGCCAGCAGCUCCAGGAGCUCGAGGCCACGUUCCAGAGGAACCGCUACCCGGACAUGUCCACGAGGGAGGAGAUCGCCGUGUGGACCAACCUCACGGAAGCCAGAGUCAGGGUGUGGUUCAAGAACCGCCGGGCGAAGUGGAGGAAGAGGGAGAGGAACCAGCAGGCCGAGCUGUGCAAGAACGGCUUCGGCCCCCAGUUCAACGGACUCAUGCAGCCCUACGACGACAUGUACCCGAGCUACACGUACAACAACUGGGCGGCCAAGGGGCUCACGUCGGCCUCGCUCUCCACCAAGAGCUUCCCCUUCUUCAACUCCAUGAACGUAAACCCGCUGUCCUCCCAGGCCAUGUUCUCCCCGCCCAACUCCAUCUCCUCCAUGAGCAUGUCGUCCAGCAUGGUGCCCUCGGCGGUGACCGGAGUGCCGGGUUCGAGCCUCAACGGCCUCAAUAACUUGAACAACCUGAGCAACCCGUCGCUGAACUCGGGGGUGCCCACGCCGGCCUGCCCCUACGCCCCCCCGACUCCCCCCUACGUGUACAGGGACACUUGCAAUUCCAGUCUGGCCAGCCUGAGACUGAAAGCCAAGCAGCACUCGAGUUUCGGAUACGCCAGCGUGCAGAACCCGGCCUCGAACCUGAGCGCGUGCCAGUACGCGGUGGACAGGCCAGUGUAACCCGGGACCCCCCACAAGAGCCGCUCCGCAGGCACGAGACCCCACAGAGACUACAGAUCUUUUCGUCUCUCCUUAUGAAAUGGCACUAGAACGACUAAAACCACUGAAAACGAGCUGUAACCCCGAGAUGGAUUUUCGAGCGAAAAUCAUGGAACAUAUUCAACUGAAAGGUGGAACCUACGAGUACUAGACAUUCACUCCAUAAGUAUUUUUGUGCUUCGCCAGUGAGUGCCCACUUCGACUGGAUAUUUUUUAUUUUAUAACGUUAUUUUGAAGUUCCCGAGUAUGGACACUAAUAGACUGAAAUGCUGUAAAUAUGGAAAUGUCAUCUUCAUUUUAUACAAAAAAAAAAAGAAAAGAAAGAAACGAAUGCUCUUUGCUCCUCAGUGUUUCCAAGGUUCAGUUUAACAAAGCAUGUGGAAAAAAGAAAAAAAAACGUAAUGUUUUUGCUUGCAAAAAAAAGGGAAUGUAUAUACUACAC